AUGCUCACUUCAACUGUAGUAAUUUUCUGUUUCCUGGUCCCCUCUCUGGGUUGGACAAUGCCAGCUGCAGAUAUUCAUCUUGAACGCCGAGAUGUUCCUCCUGAAACUUUGACCUGGUUGACAUUGUUUUCUGAAUAUUCCGCUGCCGCUACUUGUGCAGCAAACUUUAACUCCCAAGGGUCAAAGGUUGUCUGUGAUCCAGGUGUAUGCCCAAUUCUGGAGCAGAUAGACACAACCGUCAUUACUGGAUUCAUGGGCCAUAAUCCAGGUAAUACUACUGGCUUUCUGGCAGUCGACAAGACAAAUGAAUUGAUCGUUCUGUCAUUCCGUGGUAGCCGCACUCAAGGUAAUUGGGUCACCGACUUUGAAUAUGGACAGGUCCCUAUCUAUGGCAUUUGUCCAGGAUGCUAUGUGCAUCAUGGUUAUUACUAUGCCUGGGGAAACUUCUCACAAUAUAUAAUGCCAUCUAUCAAUCAACUUGCUGCUCAAUACCCACGCUAUCAUAUCAUCUUCACUGGUCAUAGCUUUGGAGGUGCACUAGCUACACUAGGAGCAGUACUUGAGGGGACCGCCAACAGACCCAUUAGUCUGUAUACCUUUGGUUGUCCUCAAGUAGGAAAUCAUACUUUUGCUCAGUUUAUAACUGGGAAUACAGCAGGCAAUGGAUACAGAGUAACACAUUCAGAUGAUCCGGUUCCAAGGGCCUUCUCUACUAGCCCUGAGGUUAACAAGACUUGGCAGUAUAGCACAACAUCUCCAGAAUUCUGGAUUACUUCAGGAAAUGAUAUGCCAGUCACAACCUCUGAUAUCCAAGUAAUUUGGGGCAUUGACAAUAAGAACGGGAACCUAGGCACAACUGGACUGGAUUUGGCGGCUCAUAAUUGGUAUAUUGGCAACAUGAGCGGGUGCUCAACUAAUUGA